UUGUAAGCACAUUCACGUACACCAAAGACAUUAUCCUCCUGGUUGAACAAAAACAAAUGUUGAGACUGACAGAGCUGACAGAAACCGAAAAGAUAUGCUUAACCAAGUGUCAUUAUCAGGCCACACAAGGAUUAGUUCAAUUAUGAAGGAACGGGGCAUCAACGUGAAAGACAACAACGAUGACCAUGUGGAUAGCCAGUUUGAGUUAAAUGAGAUUGAUCUGUCAGUGCAACCUGGCAGAAGCCAGGCUGGUUGUCCUUCUCUGGGCCAUGAUCUUCGAGAUGCUGCUUAUCAAGACAGACACGGGGACAUGGGAGCUGUUAAUCAACAACGUUCUGCUACUCCUCCUUCAAAUCAGAAUGCUUCCAACAAGAACACCUUCCAGGGAGAUGUUAAUGUGUAUGGUUACAAGGCAAUGGAAGGAAAGACAUGUUACCACAAUCCUGGGUACAUGCACAAUGAAGGAGAGACAGUUAUGCCUAGUAUCAGCAAUGGGAAUUGGAUGGAAGAUAAGCACGAGAUACAGGUAGUCAAGAAUGGGGGGCCCAGGCGGUUCUUUCCACAACUCGUCGCCAUCGUCGGCUGCUGCUUCAACGUCUUGCUUGCUGUAGGACUUCCAUACUCACUUGGUGCUCUCUUCGUGGAUUGGCUGGAGGCUUUUCAGACAACACGUGCUCAAACAGCGUCCAUCCAGUCAACAGCUGUGGGAUUAACCUUCAUGGGAGGUUUUGUGAAUGGGUUCUUGGUUGUGAAGUUUGGGACUCGAACUGUGAUGUUCUUUGGCAGCAUAGUGUCCUCCUUUGGGCUAAUCACCAGCUGGUUUGCCACAAGUUACGUCUUCCUCAUUGUAUCUAUAGGUGUAGUCAUGGGUUUUGGAUGCAGCAUGGUGUAUCUGAGUUCCCUUGUCACCCUGUCGCAUACGUUUCAUGAUGCAAGAUCUAAAUCAAUGGCGCUGUCAAUUAUGACCUCCUCGGCAGGCGUCGGGAGCAUUGUUUUCCCCAUUGUCUUGGAGGAACUCAAGGAGACUUAUGGUUGGAGAGGUGCACUUCUCCUUGCUAGCGGUGGCUUAUUGAACAUUACAUCUUCGUGUCUACUCGUAACGUCGCCACACCAAGCAUCACCAACACUAUCAGCCAAACAUGAAAAGACAACAUCGAAAAAUGAAAAAGAAAAGUCCAAAUAUCAGCAUAUCUUAAAUCCUAUGUAUGGAUCUUGUUUAGUGUGUGCCAUGGUAGGGUUUGGAAUAUUAACUUCAACUUCCGUCACUGCAGUGGACUUUGGCAUGUCUAAGGGUCUGUCAUACGAGACAGGACUGGUGUUUUUGUUGCUGAUUAAUGGGCUGGGAGCUGCAAUGCGAUUUCUCGUCGGCUUGAUACAGAUGGUCCCAGGUGUGAAGACCUACCAAGUGUUCUGCAUGUCAGUGUUACUAUCCAGUGCCUCUCUUGUUGCGCUUUCCUUGGCGUACACUUAUGGCAUGAUCGUUGGCUGCUUUUCUCUUCUUGGAUUAGGUGCAGGCGGGAUGGUGGGCAGUUUUCCUAUGGUCAUACACAACCUGGUAGGGGAAGACAAGUAUGCUGUGGCUAUCGGCUUCGGUUCAGCAAUAAGUGGUUGCUCCAGCAUGACGAUGGGGAUACUCAUAGGGACGCUGUAUGAUUUGACUGGGUCGUAUGAUCUGUCUUUCUUGAUACUCGGCUGUAUCGGUGUUGGUGCUUCCUCCCUCCCAGUGAUCAUUCGGUGUCUGAAAACCAUUGGCACUCACAAGUCUGUCACUAUAUCACACCAGUGAAGAUGUAUAAAUAUUAAAGAAGGUGAUUCUACAGUAUAACAUGAUCCAUGUCCCCAGCAACCUAUGCUUGUGAUAAGAGUCGACCACAGGGAUCAGGUGGUCAGGCUUGAUUGACUGUGUGUAAUCGUACAUACAUCGGCAUAGAUCAAUCACUGGACUGACUGGUCCAGACUCGGCUAUUAACAGGCCACCGCCAUAUACCUUGAAAUCUGCCGAGGGCAGUGUUAACAACAAACACCUUAAAAAUGGAAAACUGUUAUCUUUCGUUUUUCAUGGCCUUUGGAUCAGAACGUUUUUGGUGAUUGAUUAUACUAUUGCAUUAAGCGUUCAACUUGAUACAAUGAAAAUGCAUUGACAAUUGAGCACAAUAACAUAUUUGUUAAGGUACAGUGGAUGCCUCUGAUUGUAUCAUCAUAGUUGACACUUCAAUAAAUGUAUAGACUGUGUCAAUUGAGGGUUUUUUCUUUCUUUUUUUCAUAUUCAUAAUGUAAACCGCCAACGCCAAAGAACAAUCAGUUUCGAACUAGGUCAUUGUAUGAUUCCGACUAUAUCACAAGCACGAGUUUGUUACUCACUAUCAAAUAGUUCUACCAGGUGUUUGCCGAAAGUUGAGAGUCCUGC